CCUGGGCUGAGCGGCUGCACUUGUUGAGUUCACAAUAGUUCACCGGCGUCGCUCUAUUAAAAGACAUGGCACACGGACUGGUCAGACGGGAGUCGGUGGACACGGAGAUGCAGAAGUCCGGCGAGAAAACCUUGGUGUACACCAAGAAGAGGGGCUGCGAUGUGACCCGGAGCCCCCUCCUCAACAAGGGCCUGGCUUUCACCCUUGAGGAGCGUCACCAGCUGGGGAUCCACGGCCUGCUGCCCCCCUGCUUCAUCAGCCAGGACGUCCAGCUGUUGAGAGUUCUUAAGAACUAUGACAUGAAGAGAGACGACUUGGACAGAUAUGUGUUCCUUAUGGGGCUCCAGGACCGCAGCGAGAAGCUCUUCUAUCGGGCACUAACGUCAGACAUCGAAAGGUUUAUGCCCGUCAUUUACACCCCCACCGUUGGCUUGGCCUGCCAGCAGUACGGCCUGAUAUUUAGAAGACCGAGGGGGCUGUUCAUCACCAUUCACGACGCUGGACACAUUGCUUCACUGCUCCAGAACUGGCCAGAAAAAGACAUCAAGGCGGUGUGUGUGACUGAUGGAGAGAGGAUUCUGGGAUUGGGAGACCUGGGCUGCCAUGGUAUGGGCAUCCCAGUUGGCAAGCUGGCUCUCUACACAGCCUGUGGGGGUAUGCCUCCAGAGCAGUGCCUGCCCGUCAUGCUGGACGUGGGCACAGACAAUGAGGAACUGCUGAAGGACCCUCUCUACAUCGGGCUGAGGCAUAAGAGAGUUCGAGGCCAGGCCUACGAUGACCUGCUGGAUGAAUUUAUGAAGGCUGUGUCCAACAGGUAUGGGAUCGACUGUCUGAUCCAGUUUGAGGACUUUGCAAAUGUCAACGCUUUCCGUCUACUGAGCAAGUACCGCAACAAGUACUGCACAUUCAACGACGACAUCCAAGGUACUGCUGCUGUGGCAGUAGCUGGACUCCUGGCCGCCCUCCGCAUCACCAAGACCAAAAUGGGUGACCACACCAUUGUUUUCCAAGGUGCAGGGGAGGCAGCCAUGGGGAUUGCUGAGCUCAUCACCAUGGCCAUGGAGAAGGAGGGACUCAAACAGGAAGAGAGCUUGAAAAAGAUCUGGAUGGUUGAUUCCAAGGGUCUCAUUGUCAAGGGUCGGGACAACCUGACUCAUGAGAAGGAGAGGUUUGCUCAUGAGCACCCACAGAUGAGGAAACUGGAGGAUGUAGUCCGGAAACUCAAACCCACAGCAAUUAUUGGUGUUGCCGCUAUUCCCGGAGCGUUCACCGAACAGAUCAUCAUGGACAUGGCGUCUUUCAAUGAACGCCCUAUCAUCUUUGCCCUCAGCAACCCUACCAGCAAAGCUGAGUGCACUGCUGAGCAGUGUUACACACUGACACAGGGGCAGGCCAUCUUUGCCAGUGGCAGUCCCUUUGACCCUGUCACGCUGCCUGAUGGGAGGACAUUCUAUCCUGGUCAGGGAAACAACGCCUACAUCUUCCCCGGUGUGGGCCUGGGCGUCACAGCAUGUGCCAUCCGUCAAAUUACAGAGGAAAUCUUCCUUACUGCAGCGGAGACUCUCGCUCACCUGGUGACAGAGAAGGAUCUGUCAGAGGGACGGCUGUAUCCGCCUCUCUGCUCCAUCAGGGACGUCUCUGCCAAACUGGCUGUGAAGAUCAUGGAAUAUGCCUACGAACACAACUUGGCCUCACUUCGCCCGGAGCCUUCCGACAAAGAAGCGUACGUGCGCUCGCUGACUUACAGCACCGACUAUGACGAGUUCGUGGUGGACUCUUACCGCUGGCCGGCCGACAGCAUGACCGUGCAGUCAUGCAAACUUUAAUACACUGGACAGAGAGACAGAAUGAGCCCUGCAGGGACAAUCUAACUACUGAUGGGCAAUACCAUCACAAGUCGUUUGAGAGAGGAUGUGUGCAGAAUUUUCUGAUUCAUAUAUUACUGUGAAAUGUAUGGUGGCAAUACAAGAGCCAAUACUGGAACGCUUCAUACUUCUGGUGGGUCUACUUUAGGAGGUAUUGAGCUUUAUUUCUUGUUAUUAGCACCUUCCCUACAAUAGUAGAAUAGUAGUUUACACAGGUUUGUAAUAAAUAGUCCAUCAUUUAUUAAGUACAGAUGAAAUGGAAGCUGAUGAAAUGUGAAACAGAUGCUGUUUUAUUAAAUUGAGGAAAGAUUGGAAUAAUUUUACAAUAAUAUAUUUAGAGAAAAUCUUUCAAAGGAAACUUUUUAUUGUAUUUUAUCAGGCAGUUACUUUUUGACUGUGUAAGAUAU